AUGGAAGACGGAAGCUGGAUUAUUGAGUCCAUCUUGCAGUUUACGCAUUCACCGUUGUGGCGCACCCCCAUUAACAAUUUUGUGGACGACAACUGUUUUCUAUUCAGUACCGAUGAGAUGACGGUAGAGCAGACGGAAGUGCAUUUGGCCUUCCGGAAUCUGGCGGACAACCUCAUAACCGCGUUUGUGGAGGAGCUCGGCGUCCCGCUGGAGACUGUUCUGGAGGUGGUGCACAAGCACGUGAAUGAACAGAGCCCAUUGCAGCAACCUGCAGAGAAGUUUCUACACAAUCUCUUUUACAUGGACGACUUCCGCUCCUUUCACAAGAUGAUGAUGCGGCGAAAUAUUCAGCUGGACGUUAUCGCCUCGCGAAUACUUGAACACCAGAAAAACGGCCGCGUUGGAGAAACGUCACCUGAGGAAGAGGUGAUGAUGGACGAGGAGGCGGCACUCCACUUAGCCAUUAAGGCUUCGCUUGAGGAUGAGGAGACCGCACGCAAGAUGAUGGAACUGGAAGACAUGCAAAUACAAGAGGCCCUCGCGUUGUCUAUUGCAGCAGAAGAAGAGCGUCUCCGGCGUCGAAGCGGAACAAUGAAGAAGGGGGUCAAGAAACAAGUGACUGAUGUGAAAGUGACAGGGACUGAGCAUGUCGUCAAGGAAAAGCUGGGAGAGUUGGUGGAAGCGGAAGAAUGUAUUAUUGAGAAACUGGAGGCCCGCGCACUGGAGGUGCGGAAGGAGACUAUGAAGCGCAACAUCAGUGUAUCACAAAAUGUGGCAUUCUCGGGAUCGGGCGACCUUUCAGCGGAGAAAGUUACUGCGCCUGAGGGUGCAGCUAAGCAGCAACAAGACGUAUCUCCCGCUCCGGCCCCGGCGACGGACAAACCGCCCACAAAGAAAAUAGUGCCGCCAUUUCUGCCUUCUGGCAAAGUAUUUGGUUUUAAGACACUUCCUUCUAUCCAACCUUCCUUCAAACAGUUGGAGUCUGUGGUCUUGGGAACGGCAAUGCCGCCCUCACCACAGUCUGGCAAGCAGUCUGGAGUUACACCAGCAGCUGCUGUGUCACCUCCUACAAUGGAAGAGAUGGAGGAACGAGCACGACACAUGCGUGAGCAGCGAGAGAAAAUUUUGGCACGUAACAAGGCUAACAGAGAUAAAGAGUUGAAUGAUUAUUCCGUCGAAGGAGAGAAGAGCAACGUGAAACCGAGUAGUAUUCAGGAAGGAGAAAAACAGAUGAUGCUGGAGCUUGCGCGGCGCCUGCGGGAGGACAUUGUUCGCGAAGCAACCAAGUAA